AUGCCCCGGCAAGGCAAUUUGGUCGAAAGCUCAGUCUGGCCUGUGACUUUUGCUACUGUACCUUCUUUACACCCUCGAAUUCUUGGUAUUGUUGACGAGACAUAUAACAUGAGUCCUCCUACAGAUAUGAAGGAAGUCCUGACUGCCCGCUCCGUUCUGCAUUUGUUGGCCACGGGUCAUGAAGAGAAUGGCACUUUCCGCAAUGCAGACGAGCAUCAGGCAGCUCUUGAGCUUCGUGAUGCUGUCCUUCGUCUGAGGCGGGACGGUGCUUUCAUUGCAGUGCCACUCUUCCGAGUGAACUCGGAUCCCAUUGGGCCUCAUCCAGUUGAGAAAGUAUGCUUAUGUUUGCAAUCAACUUCCGUGCUUGUUUUCACGGUCUCCAACAGGGACCAUGAAUUCCGUAAUGCGUGGAUUGGGCCGUCUUUCCCUCUGGAUCUAUCCACGCUCCCUGUCAAAUCCGAGGAGAUUCCCUUACAGUACCCAAGCCUCAAACUGGGCUACUCGUCAGAAACGCCGCCUCUUACCAUCGAGGAACGGCGAAAGAUGGGAGCAAGGCUUGAGCAGCUUCUUAGCGGCGAGAAAGAGGCAGCCAAAGCACCGAGCAACUAA